AUUUCAAAUUCCCAAUUUAUCCCUGUAAAGUAUCCUUUAUUUUUCUUUUCCCAUUAGAAUUAGGUGGUGACCAUGUUUUCAGGAAACAUAGGAUCAAAAAUUUUUUUAAAUUUCAGCACAUUCUUUAAGUUGUACAUUAUUCUUGCAGCUGUAGGUUUUUCUCCCCCCUAACUUAUUAUGGAAAAUUUCAAACAUACACAAAAAUGUAGCUAUUAUACAUGAUCCCUCAUAUAUUCAUUGUGUAAACUUUUUCAAAAUACUCAGUUUUAAGGAAGUUUUUCUUAACCUUGUUUGACACCAGGCGUUGAUUGUUAGUCCCUUGGUUGCUUCUUCUGUCCUGGUAGAGAGGCUUCUAAGAAGGAGAGGAUGGUGUGCCUUGGAGCUGAAAGAAAGUUGUCUGGUCAUCUUCACCUCUACAAGUGCAAGGGGAGAAAAGUUCUUAGAUGGGGUCCUGGAUUGUGAUUUGGAGAGUCCUCUUAAGACUUUGGAAAUUAUAAUUUACUCCGUAGUUUAGAUUUGUUGUCAUUUUUAUGAUUGUUGUUGCCCUUAUGUUUGUUUUGUUUUCUCAAGUCUUUAGCAAUAAAUCCUAUGAAAUCAAGAGAAUUCAAGAGCAUCAAAGAAAGAAUGAACUCUUCUUUCUUGUUGCUGGGAAGGAGGAUCAACCGCAAGUAUAGAGUGGUGGCAGCGUUGGAGAAUAACGGGAGCAAUGUGAGCCUCUUAGCGGGCUCAGAGCCAGAGGACUGGCAGCUCUGAUUGGAGAUGCCCACUGAGGUUGUGGCUCUCCCUUUCUCUUCCUGUCCCUGAUGGGCGUUUCCUAGUGCUUUUCACCCCGACUCUGCAGCCCGUAACUCUCUGGUUUCCACUCUUUAACUGCCAACACUGCCAUUUCAAAGCAGACCCAAGAUCUCCUCCCCAAAUCCAAAGACCUUUCCCCCUUUAUUUUUAUCCCAUUUUCUCAUGUCACAACGAAUAAUGUCUCCAGGACCUGAUGCAGCUGUCUCCUUAGGCACGGCCUUCCUGGGAGACAUUCACUUCUCACCACGACCCCACCUCUGAGGCUACUUUAUGUUGCUCUCCAUCCCUCCUCCCCCUUCAUCUUUCCUCUUUUCCCUCUUCCUUGUUUUGUUCCUUUUACUCCUUCUUCCCUUUCCUCUCCCACGUUCUCAUCUUUCCCCUCCUUCCUCGUCAGUGAGCCUCUAAGCGCUUGGACACACGCACACACGUGCACACACUCCAACUAUAUGAAACUACGUUCCUGAGCUAUGUUGUCGCUCAGCUCGCAGUCCUGUUCCCACCCCCACCCCCCUCCCGCCAGCUUUCUGCUUUGUUAGCUUCCCUAACGCCCGAGACCGGAUUACCCGUCUCUCCUGCGUGCCCCGUAGCACCCUGUUUCCCCAUCGUAGCACUUAUCACACUACAUUAUUUGUUCCGCUGUCUGUGUUUCUUUGUGGACUCCGAGCUCCCCCAGGGCAGGGACUGUUUUACCAGGGUUUUCCAAUGCCUUGUGCAGUCCUUGACAGAGAAUCAACCUGCAGCAAAUCAUAUUUUGUAUGAAUGAAUGAGCACAGCUGAAUCUGGAUGUUCAUAACCUUUUUUGUUGGGAAGAUUGGAGGAAUGAACAAAUGCCCACCAAGGAGGAUGGCCGUAGGCAUUCAGGUACAUCUCACCUUCAUCAGUACUGUUAAAAGAAGAAGAAAAAAUGCCGGUGCUAUCUCCUGACAUCAAAUUUGAGACUUCUAAUGUUGCCAGAAAUUCCCUUCGCAGUUGUUUUCUUUUUGAGAGUAGUUGGAGGAAAGCAGUUUUAGAAACACAGAAGAUGAGGAAAGAAUACACCACAGCAUUUGGUCUAGAAGAGUUCAAAGAAUGUAUCAAAAUGCCAUGUUUACCAGGAUUGCAAAAUUGCCCCAAAAGUGUAAGUUCCACUCCACUAGAGGUUCGUAAAAGACUCCUGCGUGCUGAUACCAAGAUGCCUCCUGUCAGCCAUUCUAGUGAGAACAUGUCGAGUUGCCUGCAAGUGUUUUAUUCUCCUCUGCAUAUUGCCCAGCGCCCUGUGAAAGAACAGUCUUGGCAAAGCAGGAUAAAGAAGACAAAGGCAGCAUGUACUGUGGUACCACUUAAGGAGAAACCAAAAGGACUCCUGAGGCAUGCUAAUUCUUCAAUCAAUUUUGGUUCUGGCUUCAGCGAUCCUCUCUCUGGAGCACCAUCUCAGUACUUACAGAGACUUUCCAAAAUGGCCAUAUUGGAGUAUGACACCAUUCGUCAAGAAACAACCAGAAAAUUAAAAAAGAGCAAGAAACAGGAGCCUCGAGACUGCUGAUUAUCACGCAGUGGGAUGCUGUCUUCACUGACUUUUCAGGUUUAUAUUUUUCCUUUCUUUUACUUUUUUCUUUUUUUGAUAUGCAGUAUGUUGUGCAAUGAUUUACAUAAAAAUGGAAAUGUAAAUAGGAAAUAAAUAUUUUGUUAUAUACGGAA